CUCUUCGAAUUCCCAUUGUUUUGUGUGGCGCAUAUAUAUUGGCGCUCUCUUGUACCAAUAUUUAUGUGUUCAAAUAAAUAAAUAAAUAAAUCUGUCCAUGCUAUCAAAUGCUUUUUCUUAGUCAAUGAAGUUGAUGUAGAGUGAUGAAUUCCAUUCAAUUGAUUGUUCCACAAUGAUUCGUAGAGUUGCUCAUUCAAAAUAAGCUUUUGUAGUAUCACGUGACCGAACUUACUCUACUUCACUACGGACGAAUCACAUAAAGUGAUCGAGAAUCUUUACUGAUAUUCAGUAAAUAAGAGGCAUAAGAAAAGGUUUCUCUACCAGUGAUCCGCGUAUUUCAGUUAGCCAGUCGUCAGCACAUUUAGUUAUUCCACAGCAUUAGGAAAGCGAAGUCACCUAGCUCAGGAACUAGUUCACCACCGUGUUAACUUGAAUAACACUGCAAAAAACUCAUUGUUUAUGAAAUACAACGUAGACACUCGGUCGAUACCUUUAUAGAGGUUCAGGUAUUGGUUCAUUAAACAUUCGCAGCAGAUGUAGGUGAAUUAAAUAUUAGCUGAUGAACAUCUAUUACUGAAACGUAUAUCCAAAUGUAAUGCUAGGUUUUCUGCUUUCUAGACUGAAAUCUACAAUAUGAAAUGCUUAGUUUGAAAGCUCCAUCCACAAGCUUUUGAAAAUCAGCUAUAGGAUUUAUUCCCUAAAUAGCCCACUCCAUAGAGAGACCUAGUAACCUACUAAUGUAACCUUCCUAAGGAGUGUUUGCUUAAUAAGCAUUUUUAUGAUGUUUUUCAUGAUGUUUUCCGUUUGAAUGUGUUGUCCAUGUACACGGAACAAUUAUAAAUACCUGAUUUACUGAUUAUAAAUUCCAAUUCUGAAGUUACCAUGUACGAUUAUCAGCCAUCUUCCUCACUCUUUAUUCAAACAAAGAUCAGAAUUUGAUGAUUAGUAUUUUAUGUAAGAUGGAAUGUCACAAUUUUCGGUCCAGAUUUUAAAAGGUAAUACCGUUAAAUUAUUAUUUUCGCGACUGUUUACCUUCAGAUAACCUGCCACUCUAUUCUUUUUGGAAAUUCAAGUCAGCUGUUUUUAUGAACAUUUCAAUUAAUUUGUAUCCAUCAGCUGAUACGGAAGACCUUCAAAAUUAAAAGGAAUGUACAUUGUUUCCUUACUUUAAGAGUUUUGAUGCACUUUUAAUGAAUACUUUAUUAUUAAGUUUUUUUAUAUAUCCAUCUAUUUGUUAUCUAUGCAUCAGCUUAUAUCACGUGGUAGCUACGUCCUUGUUUACCUACCUUUCAGUUGAAAGUUUUCGAGUUGUUUUUUCAGAAUUUCAAUUGGGAAUUCUAAAACAAUAUGUCAACAUUUACGGUGUGAAAAUAUAAAUCCAUAACUAUCGUUUUAUAAAUCAUACUGUUAUAUAGUAGGGAAGAUUUAAUUACGAGUCACUUUGAGACCUAUUAAUGAGCUUAUAUAUACAUCUAUUGUAUAACUGUUCAGUAACUAGACUAUGUAUACCUAUAUUCCCUUAAUGGUAAGUUUCAUUUUGACCUAUAGAUUAUUAUUAUUAUACGAUUUACUAUACUAGUAUACUCAGUUUAUUGACUAGUCUCCCACGUUCACAGCCAUUUUUCGGCUUGAUAUUCUAUGAGUGUUAUUUCCUACUUUAUGAUGUGAUGUGGUCUGUUUGGCUGGUACAUAAACUAAGUAUGUUUGAAAUAAAUGAUUCACAUAGUAGGAGCUAUUAUUAGUGUUCUAGACUCAAGUGGACAGGCUAGGCGAACGAAGGACCAAUAAUAUCGCUAGGCUGACCGGUCGAGUGUCUUUGGUUUGGCACAGUACCAAGAUUGAAUAAGUCGUAUUUCGAUUGGCGAAUAAAUCACGUGAUAACUAACCGGCUUUAAAGUAACAACGUACCAUUCAAUAAUGUUAAGAUUAUUACUAUGAAAUUGCUGAAAAGUUCAUGUCAUUAUCUAGUAUCACCCACAACAGUGCUUCAAAUCGUCAACACUUCAUCUCGACGCCUAAGCCCUAAAAUUCAGUCGUGAGUAGGGUCAUGCUUAUGUACUAGGAAUUAGUCUUAUAACAACAUCUUUUCAUUUUAAUACCCUUAUAUGGUGACUACUAGACUAUGAAAUCAAUCGUUUGAUCACCUUAAAGUUGUCAAAAGUGUUCACCUAACGCAUAUCGGACGAAACCAUCCUAGAAGCCAGCUGAGGUAGACGGGGAAAAGACAGUAACCUUAAUUAUUUCUAAAAAUAAUCAAUAUCAGUGACUGGGUCUAUUUACUGCCUAAUUCGCAUAGUUAGGAACCUAAUUACUAUAAUGUAGAAUGGAUUAGAAACAACGAAAAAAUUUACGUCGUCCGGCUGUAUCUGAUAUACGUUAAAAACAGAAUUACACGCAAACGUUUUGUACUUAAAAUACUCAGGAACAGAGUAAGGAUUGGACUUGGUUGAUCACAAUUUUUUUUCAGAAACUUUUUCGUAGAACACUGAGUAUAGUUUCUCUUUAGAUAUGUUUUUAAAAAUUGACUGAUUCCCUAAGAUGAUCGAAAUAACUUGGCAUUUGAGUAAAUCACUCUGCAUAUAGUGAUGAAAGGUUGUCUGUCGCUAAUAGCUUUCUUCGAUCCAUCAUCGGUUAGAAAUUUGGUGGUCUUUUUUGAGCAAAAAAUAAAUGUAGCAUUCGCGCUCUCACUAUUGUUCUCUCUAAAUGCUUGCGGAACAGCAGAAUCGAGUAGGGAACUUCUAAUUUUCCGUCCUCUGUCAGUGCAAGAACGUAGACCCACCAGAUAGUGUACACUAAACGAGAUAGGACUAGUAAAUUCGCACAAACUCUAUCCGGUUUACCGAUCAACCAAUCUUUUAUAUCAAGAAACUUUCACUCCUAAUAUUUUUUUCUGGCAGCAGUGUCCAUUUUAAUCAGAAUUUACAGUGAAACAAGUUUUUCGCUAGCAUAUUUCCAAACAUCUUGUGCACAAAUUAUUACACUUGUAAAUAGAAAUAUAUCUCUUACAAAACACAAAUUUUCACCAUCCCGUAUUUCACCUCAUAAUUUACGUAAAAUUAUUCAUAGAGUAAAAAAAAUGUAGGAUGCCUAAAUUGGUUGGAUGUUUCCCUUGCUAAUUUUGAAAUCUAGGUGAUAACUUCUAAACACUCAAACACGUUUGGAGAAAACAUGAUAAACUUGCAUAUUAUUUCAUUUUAUAUAUCUAACUUUAAUGGGAAACUGUGAACUAAAUAGGAAGAAGAAUCAGACAGUACGAGUUGAUUCAAAUUGAAAAAUCGAAAUCCCCAAGCAUUUACAACUACUAAUUUCUGACGUUUCUAAAACUAGGAAGAAAAACUACACUUUUCCAUGGAUCUUUUGCAAAGUCAGUGACCUCAUAAAUUAGUGUUAAGUCUAGGUUUUGCUAUACUUAGCCUCUUUCCAGUCUAUCACCCUUCUAAGUUUAAGAUUAGUUGACAAGUAAUUAAUCAAAGUAACAUAAGGGUAGUUAGAUCUAUAAUAAAACUUAAUUUAUUGACGACUAUCUAAUAAACCAGUGGGAGAUAUAGGCUUGCUUACUAGUAUCUCUAAAAUAAUGGAAAAACCGUAUCGAAGUUUUGGUUGCUGCGAUCUCAUUCAUUCCCAUAUAACAUAUAUAACACUAAAAGUAUUACUUUCAGCAUAAAAUGCCAGUGACACGGAUGUCCGAGACUUGAAAACAUAACCAACAAGUUCCGUGUUCUUACUUUUGUAAUAACUACAAAAUCCCCUUGGUACCUUAGCGCAAUCUUAAUUAUUGCAAAAGACGGAUCUCAACAGCCAACCAAUAUCCAAGUCAGAAACUUCAAUACGAACUUCAAGACACUUCUACCGUACGGAGCUGAAACUUUGAGAACUACUACAACCAUCAUCAAGAAGGUGCAAAUUUUUAUAAAGAGCUAUCUACGCAAGAUAUUCAAAAUCCAUUGGCCGGAUACCAUCAGCAACAACUUUCUGUGAGAGGACAAACCAGCUUUCAGCUGAGGAGGAAAUUAGGACUAGACGAUGGAAAUUGAUAGCACAUAUAUUACAGAAAUCACCAAACUGCAUCACGAGACAUCCCCUAACUUGCAAUCCUGAAGGGUGGAGGAAAAGAGGAAGGUCGAAGAACAUAUUACGUCGCGAGAUAGAAGCAGAUAUGAAAAGGAUGAAUAACAACAGGGAAGAGCAUGAAAGAAUUGCCCAGGACAGGGUUGGGUGGAGAGUGCUGGUGUGCGGCCUAUAUUCCUCCACGAGAAGUAAUAGCCCUAAGAAUGGAACUUGAUACGACUUUAAUCUGGUAGAAAUUAAAAGUCUAAGCUAGGAGACCCUAUUACAUAUCAGAUGUAGACAGACUACGAGGCUUUUCUGCUCAGAAGGAGCAAAUAUGUAACCCAGUAUUUUAGUCAUAUUUAUUUUUUAAAGCAGUUAAUCUAUAGGUGAUUUGAAUUGUCUACAUGAAUUAAGUUAUUGACUAAUUUUUUCCCCAAAUACUGAACAGUUCAACGUAUUCAGACCUGAACACUGACCAGAUAAGCAGACCUGACAUAACUCGGAGUAUCUUUAAUAAAGCUGUUGAUCAGUUCGUAGAUUUUAUUCCUGAUGGGUGGCUAAGCAAUCAUCUGAAGUCUUACUUAUUUCUGUCUCAAGCAGAAAGUUAUAUUCAGCCAAACAGUAGAAAUACUUUGUUUCAGUGAAUACAUAUCCGAAAUAAAUAAUCUUCUUAUCAAAAUCUUGUGGGGUAAUAUACUGUAUUUCUUAGGUAUUUAUUAUUGUGAUACUGGUUUUGUGCAGGAACUAAGGUAUCAUAUCUCUCGCCUACAUUUGCGGAUGCUGAACUCCAGAGUACGUUCCAUCUCCUAUUCCGCUCAAGUUCAUGAGGCCAAAAAUUAGGAUAGAUGCAAAUACGAGAUGACGGUUGUGGGUGAGUGAAUUUUCUACCAAAAACCAUCGUCUAUUUUGUCAUUUUAACAACCUAUAAAUAUAUAUCAGUUAAGGAGUAUCAAUCAGCUUCCGAUAAUAGAGCUAUCCUCAUUUUCUUCCUCUUUAUUGUUGGUUGAUCAGGUAUUAGGAGAGCACAUUGGUGACCAAAUAGAAUAGCAAAAGAUGAGGAUCCAGUUUUAAUGUCAGUGUUAACUCACGACUGGGUACCUACCACAUGCGGCACCAAAAUCUUUACUAAUUAAUAUAUGCUACCAUUUAAUUGAAGUUUAAAAUACUGGAUUUUGCCCGCACGGUAAUAAUUCUCUGAGAUGUAUUCGUUAUUUCCGUUGGUAAUUAUUUCGUCAGGCCUAACGAUGCAUUCUAGUAGUUGAAAGUCGACUCAUAUAGGUAAACAACUGACAGUAAGCACAGCGCGGAUUAUCCUAGAACAAUAUUUCAGCCGAGGUUAUUUAUCAGCAAUCAACGGAUAUGACAUCAUCCAAAACCCGAGUUUAACGUUCUCCAGAUAUUUCAUGCCAUGGUUAAAAGACUAUGACACAAGUCUGCCUUUCUUUAAGACCAUAAAUUUCCUUUCAUGACGUAGAAUAUUACAGAUUCUUGUUACCCCUCCCUGAGGCACUGGCUUUAAAAAUAACAGGGUUAUCUAACAAAUGACUAUUUCUCACAAUAUCCAAAAUAUAUAAUUCCGGUAAGAGUGAAGAUGCCACAGGUAUUCGGAGUUUGACAACGCUUUAACCAGUAACACCUAAUAUGAAGCGUACCCACCAUUUAAAUCAAAAGACAGAAGCGGGGAGGUUAGAAGAUAUAUUUGAUAGACUAUCAAUAUAUCGAGGAUCGUCUGAUCUAAUCUGGCUAGCGAUUGCAGGGGUUGUUGAGCACGGCGUUCCCACUCGUGAUCUGGUGCGGAUGCAUGACCGAGCGCCUACAGCCAGGUGAGUCCAUUAAAACUAAUGUGGUCAGUAUCCAAUGUCGAAAACUCAGAGAGCUAUUUAUUUUGGGAAUUUAUUUACCGCUACAAGAGCAUACUACGCUGAUCUUAAGUGACUUAUCUGAGAGUAUGUAAACGCUGUUUGAUUAUUUAACAAUUAAUAACACGGAGCAAUGAAAUAACAUUUUUGAUCUGAAUAAUUGAUUAACACAUGUCAAAAUAUCCCUUGUAGAAAAGAAAAGUUUUAGUCUACACAUAUACCAAGUGUCGGGAUAGUGUGAGUCAAGGUACUCUCCCAAUUGAGUUUUCAUCACUAACUGAUAUUAGAUAUAAUGUAGAAAGGUUAGGAUUAGUUACUAGAAGACUAAUUUAUGAACGACCGUUGAGCGAGGUCCAAGUGACUUUGAGACAAAUACCCUAUUUUCUAGGGUAAAACAAGAAUCUAAGGCUCACAUGAAAGUAAUGAAGUCUAAGUAUAAUCUACAGAGCUCAACUGUACGUUUACAAAUUGACCAGUGAAGCGAAUACCUGGAGUAAUACCAUCCCCUUAAAAGGAGGCUCACAAAAGCACUUUAAGAAAGGCUGGCUUUGCCACUGGAACUCGUCAGAAAUUUCAUCAAAUUUUUGACUUAUUUUCUGAUAGCCAUAUUUAAGUGAGUGGUCACUCAACACUCAUGUGACCUUUCCGAAAACCUUAAGUAACUAAGUCUCAAGAACAACCUAAUUAUUCUUUUCCUUUGGCAUAAAUGCUUGAUUCAAGCUCAUAGCACCUAAAAUGGAUACAAGAGGAAGCGUAUCGACUGAUUAAACCGCUCGACAAGUAGUAAACUUACCAAAAACAUUUUUAUAAUAUUUUCAUCAGAAUCUAAUAACGAUUGAAUAAACAAUUUCUUCAAGCACUUACUACAAUAAAAAGCUUGUGGAAAGGCAACACGAAGUAUGUCAUAUUGAGUACUCGUCUUUAGAUCCCAUUGGUAUUUUAUGUGGUGCUAAACCCCAUGCCCCUAUGCUUCCAAAACGAGUCCUCACUUCAUCCAGUAAAUAGGAUUUUAGAAAACAGCCACUACGGAAAUACAGCAUGCAGUGUUAAGGUCUUCAGACUAUUUCUAGGCCGUUAGUUUAUUGACCAAACAAUCUCUCGAAUAAAAUUAAUGUGCAGACUGGGCAUAGUGAUAAUUGGUUAAAUUUCAGGCCUGUCUGUGCAGUUAUCGUAAAAACCAAUCAGCUUGCCUCAAAGGCCACAGCUAAUACAAAUAAGAUUUUGAUUUGAUGAAAUUAAUGUGUGGGCGAGAUACGCUUCUACAUAUAGUAUUCUCCGAUCUCAAGGCUAUUGACAAAGUUUCCUCUUCAAGUGGCUUGGUCUUUCUGCUUAGUGGCGUGGUCUUUGGUCGGUUAUCUUAUUACUUUACUUAAACAAUGUCCGAAGAGUGGAAAAAACGGUGUGAAAACCAUGUAGAUGAACACAAAAGCUUGAAGCAUUUACAUAUAACGGAUCAUCAGGGAACUCCCUACGGCUCAUCUAGUCCUGAUUUCCAACUAUCUCCCGAGUUUGUGCUUCAGCUCAAAUCAUUACUUACUGAUGACAAAGACACCUCUUUUACGUUCAUGAAUGAAAAGUACAUCAUCAUAAGACGCGACCCGACUAGUUUUAUCAGCAGAUGUCUCAAGAAGUCAAUUUUAUUCCAUAUCACACCAAAACGUUAGUCUCAUUCCAUGUACAUUUGUUACUUGGACUUUUUAUCUUUUAUUUAUCAUGACCAAUAGGUCAAGAUGAUUACUUAUCUGAUUAAAUGCCAUUUUAUGAUAAUUCUUGGUAAAUAACGAAAUUAUUCACUUAUAUGUCGAUAAAAUAGCGUAACACAUUUUCCAAGUGAAGGUUAAUAUACUGUACUUGAAAUCAUUUUGUGAAGACGAAUCAUACUGCUCGAUUUUGAAACCAUAUUUGGAACGGGGGUUUCGAUAUGCAUCACAGCGACUAAAAGUUGUGUUUCAACCACUCACUGAGUAAAUGUAGGCACAAUACGUCUUGGUGUUUAUUGGUUAAUGUCGGAUCAUAUUUUGAGAUAUAAAUGAACUUUGUUGAAGUACUUUUAUUCUAGUUUAACUAAGCGUUUCCAAGGAAAACUCGCGUCAGAACGUUCGCAAUUUGAUUGAAAAGUAUAUUUUUUACUAAGCCAUUAGUAAGCGGUUUGCUCAUCUAUAACCCUUGUUCUUGGACCUCGGUUUUUUAUUGUAAUUAUUUGUAGUAGACGUGUGCCGUAAUCUAAAACUAUAUAGUGAGUGGACGACCUUGUGCAAGUAGUAACGUGCUUUAAUUAGUUUCCCGAUUAUAAUCAAAUAUGUGUUCCAUUUCAUUUUGGGGUCGUAUCGAUGUACAACAUAUGACAGUUUGGACUGAACUUAACCAGUGAUACGAAGCAGUUGAUAUCAGUCUCGCUAUUCAAAGUGCCUCUAUUUGUGUCUUAUCAUUUCAAAGUACUUGCAAAACUGGCACGACUUCUGUUUUGUAUAAGAUAAGCGGAGAAGACUGGUGUCAUAUGCGAACCACUUUGCAUCAAUAGUGCCAGAGUUGUUCUGUAUAUUGACAAUUAGUUGAGGUACAGUAUGACGUCAGUUGCGCUGCCUAGCACGGAGGUUAUGUGGAACUCAAUCAUGUAAAGUCGACCAUGUUUUUAUGAUAAUAUGAAAUGUAGGGUUAAGACCAAACUUCCAAUGUAAAACGACUUCUACAUUCGGGUUAUGUGGUCGUAGCAUUUAAUAGAAAUUGGUUUUGCUGUAGGUACGGUAGACCCUACCUACAUUUAAUUUAGUUAGCUCGCCACCCGAUCAUUGUCCAGUGAUUUACAUCCUACCAUUAAUUGUGCAAACAAAUAUUUUAUUUUUAUUUAUUUUACAAUAUUUGCAUAUAAGUGACUGUUUUAUUUACUCAAAUAAUUCAGUCGGCCAGCGGUUCUGUCUUUUGAUGUUCAUUCAGUUGCGAUUUGAGGACUCAAAAAGUCAAAGUGGAUAAAAUCAACAGGAUGGAUUCCGUGAGUAUUGUCUAUUCAGCCAUCUCUCUUCAGUGUUCAUUCGAUCUGCGUUCGUUCUCAAUCAAAAUGAAGGUUGUUACAGGUUUGUAAAUUGGCCGUAUCCUGCACCCAUUUUGUGAGGGAUAUUACUGUAAAUUUUUUGGAAUACUGUCCUAUUCUGACUUCUUGCUGCAUACUUCUCAAAUGCAUUCAUACAUUUGCUUGGUUGGACAGACUGUCGACGAUAUUCUAAAUAAUUGCAAUCCAGGAAACCAUGCAAUGAGCUGUAUUUGCGAUUAUUACAAGAAAUAUAAUUACUAAUUAACUUUGCGUACGAUGCAAUACAUCGUUCUUCUGAUGUAUUUGAUUGAUACACCAAUAAAUAAUGCCCAUGUAUUAACCUUUGCUUGUUCCCAUUUUUGGACUAUUCAUUUUUGUCUGUAGGGUUUUAUCUAAUUCGAUUUAAGGUUUAGUGCUGCUACCACCAACUUAUAGCACAGGUGUUUGUGUUUGCUCAGAUCAUUUUCCAUGUUUACUAGAUUGUAACUUAAGUGCUAUAGCUUCCUUUCUAAAAUCCAAUGGAGUGUGUUUCGUCUGUAAAAAUUUUUGAUACUUCAAUAUUUUGAAAGUUCUUAUGCAUUAUCAUUAGCUUGCUUGUUUUCAUGAAUUGGUUUCAUAUAUUUACCAAAACUUUAAAUCGCUAAACUAUCGCCACUACCUGAAUAAGGGAACUGUAUUUUGUUAUAAUUGGAUUAUUAAAUCAACACCUUUGCU